CUUGACUCUGAACAGCCGCCAGCCUCCACGCGUGUGACCCAGACACCUCUCCUGUAUAGACUGCGCCAUGAGGUGGUCCCUGGAUGCCGACUCCAGCCACGGUUGCACCUGGGAGAGUCUGCUUCUAACAGGCCUCCUGCUCACUUCCUGCGUCUGCUGCACCUCCUCUGAGCUGUCCUCCACCUGGCCGGCUGACGUUCAGCUGCCUGUCCCAGGGAAUCUUCAUGGUGAGCCCUCCCGGUCCUGGAUCAGAGGCCACCAGGCCGGGCCGGGAGAUAUGAUGCUCCCUGCUGAUGGCCUCCCAGGGCCCAGCCACACUGACCAGGAGACUGAGGACACCCCAGGCCGCCUGGAUAUGAGGGAUGUGGUGGCACAUGGCUCUGUGGCACAGGGAAGCAGAAGGGAACGCAGGGGCGCACAGCAGCAGGGGGACACCCGAGCCUCCAGCAUGAGGUUUUUUCUGUGGUCACACCCGGAUUCAAAGCAGGGAGGCGUGGUCCAGAGUGACCUCAACUACUCGGUGUGCCUGCGCUGCUCCUCCUCGUCCUCGUUGGAUGUGGACAACCAGCUCAGGUGGACCUUCAACGGGAAGCCCAACCCGACCGGCCAGGUGCUUUGCAUCCGCCGCCUGGCCCGGGAGCACCUGGGCACCUACGUGUGUGUGUACAGAAACGGCACCCAGCAGUUUUCCUCUGAGCCUCGGCACCUCGUCCUGUCUGAGGUGGAUCCCACGGACCCUGGGAUGAGGGAGCCCUACUCCAGCCUCUACCUGACUGGAGGACCUGCCAUCGGCCUCCUGGUGGGUGGAAUUCUGGGGGCCCUGGCCCUAUUUGGGGGCAUAGUCUUCACUGUCAUCCAGCAACAGAGGAGUAACAGAGGAAAUUGUCCACAGAGGUGCUGUUGAAAUUGGGCUCCUGUCCAUCCAGAAGGUGACAGCCGGGAAAGUGGAAAGAAACUUGGAGCUAGGGACAAGAUGAAGUCCCCUCAGAGACCCCAUUCGCGAUCCCCUCAGCCUUGGUUCCCCAGUUCUGUCUCUGAGAUGUUCUCCUCUUGUCAGAGCCCCAGGGGGUGGCUUUACUUCCUUGCCAGCUACCAAUGUCCAUCUGCCCAGCUCACCCAAGCCCUCAAAGUUACCUAAACAAGCGAUCUGUGUUGUCUAAAACUCCUGGACAGCAUGCAAAAGCAGCGCACUGAAGCAGCUUAAGAAAAAGAAGGGGAAGAAAGAUGGCUGCCAGGAGCUGUGAGAACUGUCGUGCAGAUACCGAGCCCCAGAGAUAACCCUGGUGGAAAAGAAGAAGGAAGAGGAGGAGGAGAAAGAGAAAAAGAGAAAAAAAAGGUGUGAUCCAGGAGGUGGUGCAGUAGCUAGCGCACUGGACUUUAAAAGCACAAGGUCCUGAGUCUGAUCCCCGGUGUUGCAUCUGCCAGAGUUAAGUUGUCAUGUUCUCUCUCUUCUCUCUUUCAUGUUAACGAAUGGAUAAAUCCUUAUUUAAAGCAUUAGGAUCCAGAAAACCCUUCAGGAAUUGAAAAGUGUGAAAAGGAAUGGAAAAGAAUUGAAAAAUUAGCACUAGUUGUGUAACGAACUACCCCCUCCCUCCCAAUAUAAUGAUGUGAAACAUUAACCAUUUAUUUAGCUUCCAACUCUUCAGGUUAC